CUCCCUGAUUGGUGACAACUCCCCACAGUUGCAGCGUUAUUGGUCCAAAGUUCCCGGAGGGGGCGUGGCAGGAGGAAAGUAAAAACUCGCUUUCAGCAAGAAGACUUUUGAAACUUUUCCCAAUCCCUAAAAGGGACUUUGCUUCUUUUUCCGGGCUCGGCAGGGCAACCAGUCUGGACCCCGGCUCGCUGACCCUCACGGCUACCGAUUUGCUGGGGGUUUGGAGAGCCGCCUUCCCCCUCCUGGCACCGACUGGGGGCCCAGCCUUGGUCCACCCCGCGCGUGGCGUAUCCGCUGCGUCCCCCACCGCCCGCCCGGGCUGCCACCCGCCGGGUCCCGAGAGCGAGCGAGCGAACGAGCAGGGCCCGGCGCUGCGCUCGCCCUGGGCGCGCCCUCCAGGAUGCUGAUCCGCCCAGUCCGCUGAAAACGAGCGCCCCUUCUCCUCCCGAAGGCGGGCGCCCAGCGCCGGCGCCUCCUCCACCUCGUCCCCGAGGCUUCCAGGCGCCCCGGGCUCCCCCCGCCGGCUCCCUUCCUCUCUUGCGCGCGCUCUCUCGCUCGCUCUCUCUCCCUCUCUUGCUCUCGCAGGGCCUUCCUUACGGUCCGUGCGCGAAGGCGGUGACGAGCCGUCUCGGACGCAGCAUGCAGGCACGCUACUCUGUGUCCGACCCCAACGCCCUGGGAGUGGUGCCCUAUUUGAGCGAGCAGAAUUACUACCGGGCAGCGGGCAGCUACGGCGGCAUGGCCAGCCCCAUGGGCGUCUAUUCGGGCCACCCAGAGCAGUACGGCGCAGGCAUGGGCCGCUCCUACGCGCCCUACCACCACCACCAGCCCGCGGCGCCCAAGGACCUGGUAAAGCCGCCCUACAGCUACAUCGCGCUCAUAACCAUGGCGAUCCAGAACGCACCCGAGAAGAAGAUCACCCUGAACGGCAUCUACCAGUUCAUCAUGGACCGCUUCCCCUUCUACCGAGAGAACAAGCAGGGCUGGCAGAACAGCAUCCGCCACAACCUCUCGCUCAACGAAUGCUUCGUCAAGGUGCCCCGCGACGACAAGAAACCUGGCAAGGGCAGCUACUGGACCCUGGACCCGGACUCCUACAACAUGUUUGAGAACGGCAGCUUCCUGCGGCGCCGGCGGCGCUUCAAGAAGAAGGAUGUGCCCAAGGAGAAGGAGGAGCGGGCCCACCUUAAGGAGCCGCCCCCGGCGGCGUCCAAGGGCGCCCCGGCCGGGCCCCCCCUAGCGGACGCCCCCAAGGAGGCCGAGAAGAAGGUGGUAAUCAAGAGCGAGGCGGCGUCGCCGGCGCUGCCGGUCAUCACCAAGGUGGAGACGCUGAGCCCCGAGAGCGCGUCAACGCCGCCGCCGGCUCCCCAGCCUCAGCCCGCGCCUCAGCCCGGGGCCGCCGCGGCCCAGGCGGCCUCCUGGUAUCUCAACCACAGCGGCGACCUGAACCAUCUCCCGGGCCACACGUUCGCGGCCCAGCAGCAGACUUUCCCCAAUGUCCGGGAAAUGUUCAACUCUCACCGGCUGGGGAUUGAGAACUCGGCCCUCGGGGAACCCCAGGUGAGCGGUAACGCGAGCUGUCAGCUACCUUACAGAUCUACGCCGUCCCUCUAUCGUCACGCCGCUCCCUAUUCCUACGACUGCACGAAAUACUGACCGGCUGCGGCCGCUCUGGCUUCGCCUCCCCUACGCGACCCUCUCAGACAGUCAGGCUGCAGAGAAGCAAAAAGAACCAAAACACGUCCACCAGCUUUUUCUCUGACCCGGGAGCAGAGCGCGCGCGCGCCGGCCUCAGCCCUCUGGGAAGCUGCAGGUAACUUUAAUUCGCCGCCCCGUUUCUGAGAUUCCCAAGAAGCCCCUAUGAAGGGAGGCAGCCCAACAAAUGAAUAUUGAUUUUAAAAUCCCCUUCCCUACCAGGAUGUCUGUGCUCUCUGCUCCACUCGGGGUUUCCAAAAUUAAGUUAUGGACCAAAUCCCAUAGCGACCCAGUAAUGACUCUCUGUAGAGACCCCCAUAGGUUCAUAGGUUUAUGGGGUUCUCUAUAGAUUUUGUAUGUGCUGUGUGUAAUUUUAAAUUUCUCUAACCGUGCUGUACAAAUGUAUGGAUUUGUAAUCAGGCUAUUUUUUUGUUGUUGUUCAGAGCCAUUAAUAUAAUAUUUAAAGUUGAGUUCACUGGAUAAUUUUUUCAUUUUGCCCAACCAUUGCUAACUGCCAAAUUGAACACUCAAAAAAAUCUAUGUGGGGUUUUCCCCCCUGUACAAUUAUGAGAUAUAAUUCUUCUCCCAGUUGUAGGUCUUUCACAAAACAAGAAAAUAAUUUAUUUUUUGUUGGUGGUGGUGGAGAAAGAAGUCAAGUAUCUGAAUCUUUUUAUUUACAAAGUGUGAUGGUUUUGUAUAGUAGAUUCCUCCCUGAGCAUUCCUAAAAGAAAAAAAAAAACUUAAAAUUUUUUAACUUCACCUGUGUUUGUCUUAUGUGGUCUUAAUUGUUGUACUUACCUUAAAAUAAACCCAUGUUGUUUUUCCGCCCAAAAA